AUGUCCUACACGCGCGGAGGACGAAAGGACCUCCGCGCGCUCGAAUUGUCAGAAUCAUUUGUUGACGACGAGGAUUCGCACAAGCGGCCUGAUCUAUCCCGCGCUCAUCGUUCGAGUACGAUCACCAGUCUAGGCGGCUUCGACUUUCGGGAUGGUCUGCUGCCUUUGACCUUGAGCGGGGAGGGCGCGGAGGCACAGGCCGCGGUGCAUGACGAUGAGAAGCAUGUCGGGGUUCUGCACGGGAUGGCAUUGGUCGUGGGGAUGCAGGUCGGCUCUGGGAUCUUCUCAUCGCCUGGAGUGGUGGUCGCGGAAGUAGGAAGUGCGGGUGCAAGUUUAGCCGUCUGGGUUCUUAGCGGAGUUCUGGCUUGGACGGGGGCAAGCUCAUUCGCCGAGCUUGGAUGCGCCAUACCUAUCUCUGGAGGGGCUCAAGCAUACCUGGCGUACUCAUUCGGCCCAAUGUUGUCUUACCUGUAUACCUGGUCUGCCGUCUCUUCUCUCAAACCCGGUAGCUCCGCCAUCAUCGCUCUCAUCUUUGGAGAAUAUGUGAAUAGGAUGAUCUACCAUGCUAUCUCUGGGGAUGAAGAGUCGCCGGUACCCGAGUGGUCUUUCAAACUCACGGCCGUGAUCGCCAUCAUCCUUGUCUCAAUCCUCAACCUCGUCUCACGCACGAUGGGCACUCGUUUCUCCGUCAUGAUCACAACCGUCAAAAUCGGCUCGCUCAUCUUCGUCUUCAUUCUCGGCCUGAUCUCGCUACUUCGCAAUGGACCAGGACCCUCCCUGACCCCUUCAACCCUAUUUGAAGGUACAUCCUCCAAUCCAGGCAGUUAUGCUUUAGCGCUCUACUCGGGGCUAUGGGCUUUUGACGGAUGGGACCAAUGCAAUUUCGUCGCCGGAGAAAUGCAUAAUCCCGAUCGCGACCUCCCUCGAACGAUCCACUCCUCCAUGCUACUCGUCCUCGGUCUGUUCUUGGCUGCCAAUAUAUCCUACUUCGUCGUACUCGAUCCUGCUACUGUAGCAUCGUCUAACACCGUCGCACUGGACUUUGGGCGUGUCACCAUCGGCAGAUUUGGUGCAGUUGUUUUCAGCACCUUGGUCGCAAUCAGCUGUUUCGGCGCCCUCAGUAAUGGCUUCUACACCACCGCCCGCUUGAUCUACGCGUCGGCGCGGGACCACCAGCUCCCGGAGCUUUUCACCCAUCUGCAUCACAAACGCCGGACGCCCGACAAUGCUAUGGCUCUACAAGCCGGCUUUACGAUCUUCUUUGUCAUCUUUGGUGGAGGUUUCCGCUCCCUUUUGAACUUCUUCUCGGUCACUAGCUGGACGUUCUACCUUCUUACCGUACUCGGUCUGCUAAUAUUGCGGGUGAAGGAGCCACAUCUGAAUCGACCCUACAAGGCUUGGAUCAUCACGCCAAUCACCUUCUGCAUAGUGGCGGCGUUUCUGCUCCUCAUGCCCAUCUUUGCUGCACCUCUCGAGGCCUUUGCAGCAUUUGUCUUCAUGUCCGCUGGAGUGCCGAUGUACUACGUCACCGCUCGGUCUCGCGCAAGACAGGCAAGCAAGUCGUACACCGAUGAUGGGGGAGGUGUGCGGGCUAUAUUAGAAGUUGCCUGGGCCAAGUUGCGAGAUGACAUAGAGCAUAUUUCGCCUUUGCGCUGGCGUAGGGCGGGGUACAGACCGCCUGGCACGGCGAGGGUAGAAAGAGUCUUUGACGAGGCCGAGGAGAGGGCAGGGAUGUUGCGUAGUGAUAGAUUAGAGAUGUCAGAGAGAUGA